CAAUACCAUACAUCUUUGAGAACAAACAAUUUGCAAAAACAUACAUCUUUGAGGACAGACAACUUGCAAUACCAUACAUCUUUGAGGACAGACAACUUACAAUACCAUACAUCUUUGAGGACAAACCAUUUGCAAUACCAUACAUCUUUGAGGACAGACAACUUGCAAUACCAUACAUCUUUGAGGACAAACAACUUGCAAUACCAUACAUCUUUGAGGACAGACAACUUGCAAUACCAAACCUCUUUGAGAACAAACAAUUUGCAAAAACAUACAUCUUUGAGGCCAGACAACUUGCAAUACCAUACAUCUUUGAGGACAGACAACUUGCAAUACCAUACAUCUUUGAGGACAGACAACUUGCAAUACAAUACAUCUUUGAGGACAGACAACUUGCAAUAUCAAACAUCUUUGAGGACAGACAACUUGCAAUACCAUACAUCUUUGAGGACAGACAACUUGCAAUACCAUACAUCUUUGAGGACAGACAACUUGCAAUACCAUACAUCUUUGAGGCCAGACAACUUGCAAUACCAUACAUCUUUGAGGACAGACAACUUGCAAUACCAUACAUCUUUGAGGACAGACAACUUGCAAUACCAUACAUCUUUGAGGACAGACAACUUGCAAUACCAUACAUCUUUGAGGACAGACAACUUGCAAUACCAUACAUCUUUGAGGACAGACAACUUGCAAUACCAUACAUCUUUGAGGACAGACAACUUGCAAUACCAUACAUCUUUGAGGACAGACAACUUGCAAUACCAUACAUCUUUGAGGACAGACAACUUACAAUACCAUACAUCUUUGAGGACAAACAACUUGCAAUACCAUACAUCUUUGAGGACAGACAACUUGCAAUACCAUACAUCUUUGAGGACAGACAACUUGCAAUACCAUACAUCUUUGAGGACAGACAACUUGCAAUACCAUACAUCUUUGAGGACAGACAACUUGCAAUACCAUACAUCUUUGAGGACAGACAACUUGCAAUACCAUACAUCUUUGAGGACAGACAACUUGCAAUACCAUACAUCUUUGAGGACAGACAACUUGCAAUACCAUACAUCUUUGAGGACAGACAACUUGCAAUACCAUACAUCUUUGAGGACAGACAACUUGCAAUACCAUACAUCUUUGAGGACAGACAACUUGCAAUACCAUACAUCUUUG